GGGCCGCCAUGCCAGCAUGUUCCGCAAGGGGAAGAAGCGGCACAGCAGCAGCAGCUCGCAGAGCAGCGAGGUCAGCACCAAGAGCAAGUCUGUAGAUUCCAGUCUUGGGGGCCUCUCCAGGUCCAGUACUGUGGCAAGCCUAGAUACAGACUCCACCAAAAGCUCGGGGCAAAGCAAUAGCAAUUCUGACACAUGUGCGGAAUUCAGAGUUAAAUAUGUGGGUGCCAUUGAGAAAUUGAAAUCUAAUGAGAGCAAAAACCUAGAAGGGCCUUUGGACUUGAUUAAUUACAUAGAUGUUGCCCAGCAAGAUGGAAAGUUACCUUUUGUUCCAGGUGAAGAGGAAUUUAUUAUGGGAGUUUCCAAAUACGGCAUAAAAGUUUCCACAUCUGAUCAAUAUGACGUGCUGCGCCGGCACGCGCUCUACCUCAUCGUGCGCGCCGUGGGCUACGACGACGGGCUGGGCGCCGGCCGCAGCCUGCUCGCCUUGAAGACCACGGACGCGGGCGCCGAGGAGUGCAGCCUCUGGGUCUAUCAGUGCAGCAGCUUGGAGCAGGCCCAGGCCAUCUGCAAAGUGCUAUCCACAGCCUUCGAUUCCGUAUUGACGUCGGAGAAGUCCUGACGUGCGGCGGCUGCAGCCGGAGGAAGGGGCUCCCUGGGACCGUCCCCGUGGGCCCCACAGCCUUGGGGGCGCCUGACAGGGCCCUGACCCGGGAUGUUGUCACCUCCCAACCACGGCUUGAGGAAAUCACCAUUCCACCCCCAGCAUCCAGGACCACACGGAGUUUUGUAUUUAUCAGGGAGAUUUUUUUCCUAUGUCACUAUUUUGUAUAUUAAUGUCAAUAGUGUAGAAAUGUAAAAUAAAACCAGUGCUUCUGACUGUCUGUAAAAUAAUUUGUUUAUGGAGAUUUAAGCCAAGUGUUAACAGGUAGUGAGCUGAACCUUUACACCUUAAUGCAACCUUAAGGGUGCUGCUGCCUCCACAGAAUCUGUGUUCAGCUCAAGCCCCCCGAGGCAGGUGGUGCUGCGGCUUGUCUGUGCUCAUCCCUUUACACAGGGGGAAAACCAGCUCUGCCUGAACAAUAAUGUUCAG